CACCAACGGACCGACGGACGGUCCAGAUGCUUUGGCGUUUCCCUUUCCGUUUUCCCGUUUCCGAUCACACAUAAUAAUAUUCCCCCUAUAAAAGGUUCGUUUGAUUCUUUUCUUUGAGCAGCAGUAACUACUAUUUCUAAAGUAUAACCAGUUAAGUAAUAAUGGCUAUGGAAGUGAGUGAGUGAGUGAGUGAGUGAGUGAGCGAGCGAGCGAGAGACACACCAAACAAAAAUAUAUUAAGAUGUUUAGUCUUGUUCGUGUACUGUCCUUUUCCACUUCUUCGCUUUCCUCACACAAGGGUGUGAGAAACGAUCUGCAGAUUGCGAAACAACAGCCACGAGUGGUGGUGAGGUUUGGAUCCAGGCACCGCCAUUUCCUAUAUUCAUCCACAACUUCUAUAUGUGGGAAGGAGGAGAGUUGUUCGUAUAUGUCAGCAGUUUUAACAGAUGAUAACCUGAUCGUAACAACCGCGGAUGAAGAAAUGGAACAUAUUGGCAUCUUGAGCGUCGACCCGGGCUUGGAACCACAUAAAGAUCACUUCAAGUAUAGAGUAAGGAGAUAUGCAGAUCAGUUAAAGCUUUUUGAGGAACAUGAAGGAGGGCUUGAGGAAUUUGCAAAAGGUUAUUUGAAAUUUGGAUUUAAUAGAGUAGAAGGUGGCAUUGUGUACCGUGAAUGGGCCCCAGCAGCUCAGGAAGCACAACUUAUUGGUGACUUUAACGAAUGGGAUGGUUCCAACCACAAGAUGGAGAAGAACCAAUUUGGGGUUUGGAGUAUCAAGAUUCCUGAUUCCGGUGGGAAUCCAGGCAUUCCUCACAAUUCCCGAGUAAAGUUCCGGUUCAAGCAUGGCGAUGGAGUUUGGGUGGAUCGCGUCCCUGCUUGGAUCAGAUAUGCCACUGUGGACCCAACGAGUUUUGCAGCACCUUAUGAUGGUGUUUAUUGGGAUCCACCAUCGUCAGAAAGGUAUCACUUUAAGCAUCCUCGUCCACCAAACCCUGUAGCCCCAAGAAUAUACGAGGCUCAUGUUGGAAUGAGUAGCUCAGAACCCAGUGUCAGUUCAUAUAGAGAAUUCGCCGACAAUGUGUUGCCUCGUAUACGGGCAAACAACUAUAACACAGUGCAGUUGAUGGCCGUGAUGGAGCAUUCGUAUUAUGCAUCUUUUGGCUAUCAUGUUACAAACUUUUUUGCUGUAAGCAGCAGAUCUGGCACCCCGGAGGACCUAAAGUAUUUGAUAGAUAAAGCACAUAGCCUUGGUCUGCGGGUAUUAAUGGAUGUUGUUCACAGCCAUGCAAGUAACAAUUUUACCGAUGGCCUCAAUGGCUUUGAUGUUGGCCAAAGCUCACAUGAUUCCUACUUUCACACUGGAGAACGAGGCUACCAUAAGUUGUGGGACAGCAGACUCUUUAAUUAUGCGAACUGGGAAGUUCUCCGCUUCCUUUUAUCCAAUCUGAGGUGGUGGAUUGAGGAGUUUAAAUUUGAUGGAUUUCGGUUUGAUGGUGUUACUUCAAUGUUGUAUCAUCAUCAUGGGAUCAACAUGGCGUUUACAGGAGACUACAAUGAGUAUUUUUGUGAGGUGACCGAUGUUGAUGCCGUUGUUUAUUUGAUGCUAGCAAAUUGUCUCAUUCACAACAUCUUGCCAGACGCUACGGUAAUUGCAGAAGAUGUGUCUGGUAUGCCUGUCCUUGGUCGGCCUGUAUCUGAGGGGGCUGUUGGUUUUGACUACCGGUUGGCAAUGGCCAUCCCUGAUAAGUGGAUUGAUUAUUUGAAAAACAAGAAUGAUCAAGAGUGGUCAAUGAAUGAAAUCUCAGGGACCUUGACAAAUAGGAGAUACAGCGAGAAGUGCAUAUCUUAUGCCGAAAGUCAUGACCAGGCAAUUGUGGGUGACAAGACUAUUGCCUUUUUCUUGAUGGACAAAGAGAUGUAUUCUGGCAUGUCUUGUCUGACAGAAGCUUCUCCUACUAUUGAGCGAGGGAUAGCACUUCACAAAAUGAUACAUUUUAUCACUAUGGCAUUAGGAGGUGAAGGCUAUCUUAAUUUCAUGGGAAAUGAAUUUGGCCAUCCCGAGUGGGUUGACUUCCCAAGAGAAGGCAAUGGGUGGAGUUAUGAAAAGUGCAGACGCCAGUGGGACCUGGUGGAUACGGAGCAUCUGAGAUAUAAGUUUAUGAAUGCGUUUGACAGAGCUAUGAAUUUGCUUGAUGAGAAAUACCAUUUCCUAUCAUCAACCAAACAAAUAGUGAGCAGCGCAAAUGAAGAAGACAAGGUUAUCGUCUUUGAACGCGGAGAUCUAGUUUUCGUGUUCAACUUCCAUCCGGAAAACGCAUAUGAUGGGUACAAAGUUGGGUGUGACUUACCUGGGAAGUACAGAGUUGCGCUUGAUAGUGAUGCUCGGGAAUUUGGUGGACAUGGAAGGGUGGGUCAUAACAUAGAUCAUUUCACAUCCCCAGAGGGCAUACCAGGAGUGCCUGAAACUAAUUUUAACAACCGCCCCAACUCCUUCAAAGUACUCUCACCCUCUCGCACCUGUGUGGUUUACUAUAGAGUGGACGAAAGUAAAGAGACAUUGGUGGCGGAGGAUGUGGAUGAGGACAACUUAGAGGAAUUGGCUUCGGCGGAAAAGGACAAUGCUGGUCCAACCGUGAUUGUAAGCGGCCUAAAAGAAGAAGAAGAAGCAGAAGAAACGACGAGGCAGAUAUAGUCAGAUGACUAACUUAUGCUUGUCGGAAGCGGAGCAGCAUGUGAAUAAAUAACGUCAUCUCCGCAGUUGUAUAUGUUUUUUGUUAUGGGGAAAUGUUAUUGCUGUGUAUAUGAUUUUGCGACUUUCGUAGUGAAAUCUGGACCGUCAAGUAAUGUCAUGACCUUUAUGACGUUUUUAAAUUUUAUGUCGUUUGACUAUGUUAUCGUUUUAGCAUGUUUUUGUCCGUUAAUAGUUAAUACCUUGUUUUACUUAA